GUUAAAAGUUCGUUUAUGAACAAGCAAAGUCAGAGUUUUUUCCUCCAACUAUCGCAUCAAUAAAAUUGAAUUUUUAGCAACGUCGAUAUUAACAAUAAUACGCUAAAAUGUUAGAAAUAACGUGCAAUGAUCGUCUUGGGAAAAAAGUUAGAGUUAAAUGCAAUCCAGAUGAUACAAUAGGUGAUUUAAAAAAAUUAAUAGCAGCCCAAACUGGAACUCAUUGGGAAAAAAUUGUUCUAAAAAAAUGGUACAAUAUAUUUAAGGAUCACAUAAAGUUACAAGAUUAUGAAAUUCAUGAUGGUAUGAAUUUAGAACUUUAUUAUCAAUAA